GGAAGUGUGGCAGCUCCGGGCGCCGGGGGGAAGGAGGCGUUACGAGGAGGAAGAAAAUCCUUCACUCCGAGACUUCACAGCGAAGCUCGUCCCCGAACUCGACCUCACCUGAGCCGGGCAUGUAGUUCCUGGUGUUUUGGGCGUGGGGGUGGACGAGGAAAGCGCCGCGUGCACUUGUGUUUGUGGCGGGAGCGCCACUGAGCCCAAACUUCCAUCAGGAGGAAUCCCUCCCACGGCGGUUCUGCUCAUCUCCGCCUCAGCAGGAGCGUUUCUCCUCAUCGGGAUGUACGUUUGGGACCCUUCGAGAGGAGCCGCGGACAUUUGAGUUUAUUUUAUUAUUUUUCUUCCUACACAUUUUUGAGGAAUAUCGCCGGAAACGGGAGCUGUUCCUGCGGGGGAUCUGAAAGGGAGUGAGGUGCUUCAUGUCAUCUGAGUUCAACAGGCCUCGACACUGAACAGGAGGGUUAGCACUUCCUGCGGAGGCUGGUUUGGAAGCAGAAGGAACUGGAGCCGGGUCAGUUCAUCGACUAACCAACGAGAUGGAGUGGUGGUGGGCGUGGUCGCUCACAAUGGUCACCAUGGAAAUAGUGUUCCUCAGCCCCUCUCUUGGCGGGAAUGUCGAGUUUUCCUCCACAAGCGUCAUCAACAACGUGGUGUCGGAUCCUCGCACGGGCCGGCUCUACGUCGGCGCCGUCAACAGCCUCUACCAGCUGAACUCCAAACUGGAGGUGGAGUUUGUCUCCAAAACGGGUCCCAGGAGGGACAACCAGCUUUGCACGCCGCCCGUCACCAACACCUGUGAGGAGGCGAAGGACACGGACAAUCACAACAAGCUGCUGCUGGUGCACAGCGCCAGAGACAUCCUGGUGGUCUGUGGGAGUGUCUUCAGAGGAAUCUGCUCGCUCAGGAACCUCAGCAACGUCGACCACGUCAUCUACUUCAGCGACAGCAACGGGGAAAAGUCUUACGUGGCGAGCACGGAGGAGGGCGUGUCCGUGGUGGGAGUGAUGUCAUACUACACGGUGGGCGGCGUUCAGCUGCCAGUCUUCCUGGUCGGGAAAGGCUUCGGCGGCCACGACUGCACCAAGCUGAUCGCCACGCGGAUCCUGCAGGACUACCACGAGUGGGUGGUCUUUGACAGCAUCAUCGAGGCCUCGGCGGUGCAGGCGGCCUCCUUCGUCAGGGCCUACCUGCACGACUUCCGCUUUGCCUUCACGGACAACAAGUUUGUGUACUUCCUGUUCUCCCGGACUCUGGGCACGCAGGACAUGAGGGUCUUCACCGUCAUCGCCAGGAUGUGCGAGAACGACCACAGCUAUUAUUCCUACACUGAGCUGCAGCUGAACUGCAGCGCCACCAACAAGUACAACAAAGCUCAGGCUGCCUUUGUAGGAGAACCAGGUCAAGUUUUGGCUAAGAAUCUGUCCAGCUCCAACCCGAACGUAAAAGUUUCAGACCAGGACAAAGUGCUGUUCGUCACCUUCACUUCUGAUGAAGACCCGCACUCUUCAGCCAUGUGUAUGUACCCUCUCCAGGCCAUCAACGACCAGUUCGAGCAGCUGACUAAAGCUUGUUACCUCAAACACGGAAUGAUCAACGACAAAUCCGUGGUCUACUCGCCCUACGCGAACAAGCCUGACGAGUCGUGCGGCUACCACCCGAAUUCUGACAAUUACAAGUGUGGAGCCGAGUUCCUGCCUUCACCCUUAGCCAGCAAGGCAGAGUUUGCCUUGUCUGCAGAGCCGUCUGUGGUCCAUAAGACCCGCUUGACUGCUGUGGCGGUUGCCGUGGAGAUGGGGCACGCCGUGGGCUUUUUGGGGACCGCCUCUGGAAAGGUGCUGAAGGUUCAUCUGUCGGCGUCCUCCAAGGGGCACGAGCAGGAGCUCGGAGAAGGCACCGGAGACGAGGUCAACAAGAACCUGCUGUUCGAUUCCAGCCGCGAACACCUGUUCAUCACCACCAGGGAAAAGAUCAGCAAAGUCCCCGUCCAGGCCUGCCACCUGAAGACCAGCUGCCAGGACUGCGUCUCCAUGAAGGACCCGUACUGCGGGUGGUGCGUCCUGGAGGGAAAGUGCAGCCAGAAGAAGGACUGUGGACGGUCGACGGAGAGAAACACCUGGCUCUGGUCUCCGGAUCAGAAGUGUGUGGAGAUCCAGACCUUCGACCCGCCGAACCUCAGCUGCAAGAAGACCCAGCAGGUUGUCAUCACCAUCCCCGCCCUCCCGGCUCUGCGGGAGCAGGACCAGCUGGAGUGCUCCUUCGGCUCCUCCGACUCCUUCGACACCGCGGCCCAGCUGGUCCAGCACUCUCAGACUCAGGUGGCCUGCUCGCUGCCCAACCCCGAGGUCAUCUCAUCGACCCCUGGAGACUGGGACUUCGUGUCCGUCCCGCUCAAGAUCCGAGUGAACAAAACCACGGAGGUGACGUCCGGAGAGUUUCACUUCUACAACUGCGCCGCCACAGUCAAGAAGAACGAGAACACGCCGUGCAUCACAUGCGUGACGAGUCAGUGGGGGUGCCAGUGGGACGCUCAGAACCACGUCUGCAGCGACCAAGACGAUUCUGUCAGCGGCUUGAACAUCGUCAAACCGCAGCAGCCGGAUAACUGUCCUCGGUUUGAGUCUCCGGAGCCGCAGCUGAUCCCCGUGGGCGUCGCCAUACCCAUCAGCUUCCAGGGGAAGAACCUGGACAUCUACGAUGGGCGGAGCUUUUCCAUCGGGACGGAGCUGAUGACGCCCGACGAGGAACAGGUCACCAAAACGGGAGGCUUAAAGUUUCAGUUCGGCGGUUAUCGGUUUUCUUACGACGUGCAGCAGGAAGUGAACGUGUCCUUCCACAUCAAAGACACCGACAACCACAAGAUCGACAGCACCCUGACAGUGGUGCUGUACAACUGCGCGGUGGGAAGGGAGGACUGCAGUCUGUGCAAACACGCCGACGCCAAGUACAGCUGUGUGUGGUGCCCCGCUCGGAGGAGCUGCGUGUACCGGGAGCUCUGCCAAACGCCGGAGCCGCAACAAUGCCCCGACCCCCAGAUCGUUGACAUCGUCCCUCGCUUCGGCCCCAUGAACGGCCGCAUCGCCGUGACCAUCAGAGGCUCCAACAUGGGAAUACGGAAGGAGGACAUAACGAGCAUCACGGUGGCUGGAGUGGAGUGCACCCACCUGGCGGACAGAUACUCCGUCUCCACCAGUGUGGUGUGUGAGAUCGGCCCCGUCAGUCCUGCUCCGCCCCUCGACGUCCCGGUUGACCAGGAAACCAGAGGCGUGGUGGUGGUGGAGGUGGUAGGAGGGAGAAGAGGAACGUCCAAAGUGGAGUUUACCUACCGGGACCCCAAACCGACCUCCGUCCUGCCGACCAAAGGUCCUGCCGCCGGAGGAACCGUGAUCACCAUUAAAGGAGAUCACUUGAACACGGCCACCAAGGAGGACGUCGCCGUCAGUGUCGGGAACGUUCCCUGUGAAGUCCUGUCGUUUGGUGAAGAGAUCACCUGUAAGACGGGCAGGUAUCAGGGGCAGAAGGUGCCGACAGAGCCGCUGCCGGUGACGGUGAAGUACGGCCGGAACACCACCAAGGAGGUGAGGAGGGCCUUCCAGUACUGCGAAAACCCCAAGAUUGUCACCUACAAACCGCAGAGCAGCUUCAUGUGCGGGGGGCGGAGGAUCGUGGUGGAGGGGAACAGGUUCGAUCUGAUCCAGUCGGCUAAGAUGAAGGUGCAGAUGGUUGUGGACGAGGAGCCGGACGCGCCGCCGGUGGAGUUUGUCCAGCCGGUGCUGCAGAAGAACGACUCCAUCCUGGAGUUCCUCUCCCCGGAGGUGAACUGCUGCUCCAGCAGCCAGUCUCUGAGGACCUUCAUCCAGCUGGACAACAUGGAGGAGGAGCUCAGGAACUUUGACUAUCAUACCAACCCCACCUUCGACAAGCUCUACAAGGACAAGAUCACCGAGACCGGCAUCAUCAUCGUCAACGGUCGAGGUUUUCUGAGGGCGAUGACGAUGGAGGAGGCCAAGGCGUUCAUCGAAGACGUCCCCUGUCAAAUUAAGGGACUGCAGGACGACACGCUGAUGCUGGAAGCUCCUUCAUCACAGCCGAAGUCCAAAAACCAGCUCAGGAACUUCACCAACGACAUGCUCGAGCUCAAGGUGAAGUUCGGUGGGUGCACACGGAUGGUGGGACACGUCUACUACAACAGAGGGGAUAAAGAGCACAUUCCUCUGGCCAUCAUCAUCCCCGCAGUCAUCGUUCCCAUGCUGCUCUUCAUCGUGGUGUCCGUCUACUGCUACAGGAGGAAGAGCCAGCAGGCGGAGCGCGAGUACGAGAAGGUGAAGCACCAGCUGGAGAGCCUGGAGGAGAGCGUCCGAGAUCGCUGCAAGAAGGAGUUCACAGACCUGAUGAUUGAAAUGGAGGACCACACCAGCGACCUGAGCGAAGGCGGGAUCCCCUUCCUGGACUACAAAAUCUACACGGACAGAAUCUUCUUCUGGCCGUCCAAAGACAGCUCCAACGACCCGGUGAUCACGGGGAACAUCCCGGUCCCAGAAGCCCGCAAGGCCACGGUUAACCAGGCCCUCACUCAGUUCUCCAACCUGCUGAACAGCAAAACCUUCCUCAUCAAUUUCAUCCGCACGUUGGAGAGCCGUCCGGACUUCAACGCUCGUGCUCGGGGUUAUUUCGCCUCCCUCCUGACGGUGGCGCUGCACGGGAAGCUGGAGUACUACACUGACAUCAUGAGAACGCUUCUGCUGGAGCUGAUGGACGAACACGUGCAGAGCAAAAACCCCAAACUGAUGCUCCGCAGGUCAGAGACGGUGGUGGAGAGGAUGCUGUGCAACUGGAUGUCCAUCUGCUUGUACCAGUUCCUCAGGGACUCGGCCGGAGAGCCUUUGUACAAACUCUUUAAGGCCCUGAAGCACCAGGUGGAGAAGGGACCGGUGGACGCCAAGCUGAAGAAAGCCAAGUACACGCUGAACGACACGGGGCUGCUGGGAGACGACGUGGAGUAUUCUGUCCUGACUCUGCAGGUGUUCGUUCACGGGGAAGGACCGGAUGUCACGCCGGUGAAGGUGCUGAACUGUGACACCAUCACGCAGGUGAAAGAGAAGAUCAUCGAUCAGGUGUACAGGAACCUGACGUACUCGCAGAGACCGAAGGUGGACACUGUUGCACUUGAGUGGCGCCCUGGAUCCACAGGUCAGAUCCUGUCCGACCUGGACCUCACGUCGCAGAAAGAGGGUCGCUGGACCAGGAUCAACACGCUGGCCCACUACAAUAUUCGGGACAACGCCACGGUGGUUCUGUCUACAGUCAUGCACACGCAGUCGUUCCACCAGCACCAGGACAACCACGAUGAGAAAAACGCGCUGCUGGAGGACGACAACACCUUCCACUUAGUGCGGCCGACGGAGGAAAUCGACGAGGGGAAGUCGAAGAGAGGCAGCAUGAAGGACAAGGCCAUGACCAAAGCCAUCACGGAGAUCUACCUGACCCGUCUGCUGUCCGUCAAGGGCACGCUGCAGCAGUUUGUGGAUAACUUCUUCCGCAGCGUGUUGUGUUCGAGCUCCGUCGUUCCUCCGGCCGUCAAAUACUUCUUCGACUUCCUGGACGAGCAGGCGCUGAGACACGACAACGUGGACGAGGAGACGCUGCACAUCUGGAAGACCAACAGUUUGCCGCUGCGGUUUUGGGUGAACAUCCUGAGGAACCCGCACUUUAUCCUGGACGUUCACGUGACGGAGGUGGUGGACGCCUCGCUGCACGUCAUCGCACAGACCUUCAUGGACGCCUGCACCAAGACGGAGCACAAACUCAGCCGGGAGUCUCCCAGCAACAAGCUUCUCUAUGCAAAAGAGAUUUCCUCCUACAAGAAGAUGGUGGACGAUUACUACAGCGGCAUCAAGCAGAUGAUUCCUGUCAGUGACCAGGACAUGAACACGCACCUCGCCGAGGUUUCCAGGGAACACACACACAAGCUGCACACGCAGGCCGCCUUACACCAGCUGUACCACUACGCCAGCAAGUACUACGAUGUGAUCAUCCAGUCUCUGGACGAAGACCCGGCCGCCCAGAACAAGCAGCUCACGCUGCGCCUGCAGCAGGUCGCCGCCGCCCUGGAGAACAAAGUCACCGACCUCUGACCUCACGGGAGGGGCGGGGCGAGCUGCUGACAUCCAGACGAGGACAACAUGGGCGCCGCGGACUCUUAAAGUGUUUAGAGCCGCCGGAGCGGCAGAGAAGCCACACCCACUUUUCGGUCCACCGCCUCCUGGACUUUAUUCCUUCUUCUUCUGCACUUCUGGACGUGGAAAAACGAGACUCUCCUUUUUGGUACUUUUAUUUUGAAAUUUGUGUUGGAGAAGCUCUGGAUCUGUGUGACCGUGAGGAUUCAGGAAGGCUCCGCCUCCAAUUUUUCUCAUCUGAGCUCAGUCCCCGCCCCUUAAAGUCACAGCAGGAGCUCUGACGUCAGUGAGGAGCGAGGCCUGGAUCAGAGUUUAAGAUAAGCGGUACGCCGCGCUGCUGCACCACAGCGCCCUCUGAUGGCAGAAACCGGCGAGUUCAGGGUACGAUCCGUUCAGUAAACGCGGCGCCACUUCGUAGCCUCGCUCUGGAAAAGAGUUUCUGCAGAAUCUGAUGACGGCCAUUUGUGUUUCGUUGGUUUUAACCUGUGACAUGACUCAAAAAUAACCACUGAAAACGUCUGCGGAAGCGUUCGGACGUCUCUGUGGAAGCACAUCGAGUUGAGACAUUCCUCUGUUCUGUACGGAAACGCUAAACUUUAGAAAUGAAAUAUGAAAGUGGGAGGAGCAUCCUAGAUCAUGAGUCAGCAAAAAUAAGAAAAAUCAUUAAUUUAUAUGAAAGUUAAUCCUCGAUUUUGAGGCAAAAUCCAUUUCUACCUUUUCAUCAUUAACUUCAAUCGUUGGCUUCAAAUUAGCUUCAAAUCUGAAUUUUUUUUUCUUUUUAGGGUUUUUUGUUCAAUCAGUCGAAAAUUAUUCAUGUUGUAAAUAUAAAUAUAAAUUCUUACCUUUUUUUUUACUUCCAAACAAAUCAAAUUGAGCAAAUAUUUUUCCUCAAAAUCCAUAUUUUCCACUCUGAUUGGUCGGAUUAGGCCACGCCCACCUCCUGCAGAUGAUUUAAAAUCACUUUAAUUUAAAAAAUCAAGACCACAAAUUAGCUGAGAAGCGUUCUAACUUUUUUUCCAGCUAAAUAAAAUAUUAUAAAAGGAAAAAUAUUGAUUAAAAUUUAAAGGUUUGGAGUCAAAAUCGCCUUAAAAGAUUCAAGAAAUCAUCUGAAAAUGUUUAUUAAGAGAGCUAUUAUUCCAGAAGUUUGUAUAAAUCUUUUCUCUGUUGUCUAAUAAACUGUAAAUCUAUUAUUUUUUCUUAAAGUCAUCAUGAGAACAACAAAUGUAUAUUUUUUAGGUUCCAACCAGAAAACCUUCUUUUGUAUUUUCCAUGGAUCCAGACGAUGUGCUGCACAGAACCGGACGGAUUUCUUCUUUAACUUGUUGGCUAGUAAAAAAAUAAAAAAAACAUUUUUUGUCAGUUUUUUUCAGUUUUUAAAGCCACUUUGGUGCCAAACAACAAUUUCUUUCCAGCUGGAUGUUUGUGGCCAAAAGCGAUUGAAUAAUCUGGAGGUACGGCGAUGAGAAACUGAUCAAAUGUGAAGCUUUUAGGGUCAUCCUCACAUCCAAAAACAACAAAAAAUGAGUUUAAAACUCAAAUAAUUGCAUUUUUCCCUCCACCAACUCUUGCUUCCUUCUGCCUUCUCUUCUCCACCAGAGUGCCUUAAAGAGUUCAGGUGAAAGUCAGACAGAAGGGAGGAAAAGUCCAUCAGAUCUACUGCUGCACACUUAGUUUUCUUUUUUGGUUUCAGCUUUUCUUAAAGCGGUCAGUAGGGGGCGGUAACGUCUCGGUUUGAGAUCCAGAGAAGGAAUCGAACGAGAACAACAAACUUCUCUCAUGCUGUGAAGAACUCGUUAAAUCUGCAGAAACAGAAUCAGCUGUUAUUUAAUUUUGUGAGUUAAAGGUUAAAGUGGUGAUGAAACGUGUUUGAGGUUUCCAGAUGUUCUGUUUCGGCUCCAGUUUGGAAGAAGAUUUUUGGAAUUUGUCCUCUAAAGUCGAGCUGUGCAUCUGAAACAAAAAAAAAAGUAUUUUUUGUUUCCCUUUCAUUCAUCAAACCAACAAUCUGCUGUUUCUGCUCCUGCAGAUCUCUGCGUCCUUUUGCCUUCUUUGCCACUUUUUUAGCCAACAGCACCCCCUUGUGGUCACCGUUUUACAGGCGAUGCACUUUUGCCGCUCCAGACGAGUUCACUGAAGCGAUCGUAGCGCACACGGCGGCCGUCUGAAGGUUCGCUCGCCUCCGUUGUGGUUCGACAGUUGUGUAUCGAUGUGUUUUCGGUGUGUUUGAGCCGAUGUGAAGCCCACGUGUCUGUUGUGAGUGAAUGUUACGGCGAGCGUGGACGAGUUUCUGCCUGAGGGGGCGGAGCUCAAAUCGCCGUUUAUUCUUGUAACCUGAUUGUAGGAGACCAAUGGUUUGGAAGGACCAAGUGUGUAGAUGUUGAGAUGAUGUUGAGAUGCAGCGACGUGUCGGCAGAGCUGGACUGAAGCCCAAAUCUGUGACUCUUCUGAGGAAGUGGAGAAGUGGGCGGAGAAUCCAGAUCUAGGAAUCCAAAUAUCAUUAAAGAAUUUAUACGAAAA